CCACGCCCCCCAAGACGCUCAAGUCGCAGAGUCGUCAGCGCGUUCAGCCAAUAGAGAGGCACGUUGUUUUGUUACGUCGUUGGGUGAAAGGUCGCAGUAAUGGCGGCGGCUCGAAUGUAAACAGUCUGAUCUGUUGGAGGGCAGCCCACAGAUAUGAGGCUGUUGUCGCAGGUGGUGAAGUCUGCCGUGAGUCAGAGGGAUUGGAGCCGCAGACACUUCUGGGGUUGGCUCAAUGCUGUUUUCAACAAGGUGGACUAUGAGAGGAUCAAGGCCGUCGGUCCGGACCGAGCCGCCGCCGAGUGGCUGCUGAGAUGCGGAGCCAAAGUGAGGUUCCAGGGUUUCGAUCGCUGGCAUCACGACUACAACGGACUGCCAACUGGGCCUCUGGGCAGAUACAAGAUCCAGGGGAUUGAUGCCACUGAAUCCUGCAUCAUGUACAGAGGAUUUGACCACCUGGAUGGUUUGAAACACGUGGAAGAAAUAAAGCUCAGCAAGUGUAUCUACAUAGAAGACGCCUGUCUGGAGAGACUGAGCUCCAUAGAGAACCUGCAGGAGAGUUUGUACAUGAUGGAGGUGGUUUCAUGUGGAAACGUGACCGAUAAAGGCAUCGUCGCUCUGCACAAGCUCAAGAAUCUGGAGUAUCUGUUUCUCAGUGAUCUUCCUGGAAUCAAAGACAAACAGACGACGGUGGACAGACUGCAGACGGCGCUUCCACGUCUGGACGUCGAGCUGGAUCUGGACUGAAAACAUUCAGGACGUCCUUUUUGGAGGACCCAGUUUUGAAUGAAAGGACUUGUAGGGCUUUGAUGGUCUGACAUCAGAUCAGUUUAGGUCUAAUUUUCUGCAAACGUGAUGCUGCUUCACAUUUAUUAUGCAUUGUUUUUUUGGGAGCAAAGCUGAUGUUUAAUUUCUGCUCUUGUCCAGCAAAAGUUGAAGCCCCUCCUCAGUCAUCGAUUAAAUCUCUAAAAUCUCAUCUCUAUGCGUCAGAAUGACACAUUUAGACACUUCUUUUGAUUAAAAUCAUCUCUCCGUAUGUUAAAAUGGCAUUGAUGAAAUUCUACACCCAUCCUUUUGACUACUCGAGCACACCAGCUCACCUAUGACUCUGCCGAAACACUAAAACAACUCAUUGCCUACUUAUAAUUCUCCAGUAAUUUGGUCACACAUAUUCAAACCUGUGUCUUGCCAGAAACUGAUUGCAGUCAGCAGGAGUGUUUUGCUUCUACUGUCCACUUUAUAUUCAUCUUUAGCUGCUUAUUUCUGGAUCCAACGGUCAUAACAUUUAAAAAUAAAACUAAUUUUAUAUCCCUCUGUGGUGAUAGCAAAGGUGUUUCUUUGUUAAACCUUCUGGUAAAGGAAUAAUUAUGGCCAAAAAAGCAAAUUAUAAUGUAAUCAGGACAGUACUAUAGUGUUGUUUCUGAUGUUUAGGCUGUUUGUAUGUCUAAUAUCCAUGUUUAAAUCUGGAAACUAGGCUGUAAUUAGCAAGAUUUAUGGAUAAGUUUGACAUAAGAAAUUAAGAAAGCAUAUCUUAAUGUUUAACCUGCUUAGAUUAUAACCAAUCCAGUUCUUUUUAUUCAUUAAAUUCACUUUAAAGGAGCAAUUUUGCAGUUUUCCACUUGUUAUAAAAAGGAUCACAGCCCCUAAAUUGUGACUGAAAUAUCAUUAAUGCAUCAAAAUGACUUGAUUUCAUUCAUAAGGGUUAUAUUUUAAUGAUUAUAGCACGUAGGAUAACAUAUUGGGAGGCCUGAACAAGCAGCAGAAUCAAUUUUUGGCAAGAAACAAGAAAUUAAUUCCAAAAAAGAAACAAAAAUGCAUUAAGUCUGAGACCUUACGUUGGUUGGUUCCUGAGGUUUGCUGAAGCAAGAAACCCAGGAAGUCUGAAUCGGUGUUUUUGGAAAGUUUUCCCGCAGAAAAAAAACACCAUAUAGAUGCAUUAACAACAUAAAAAAAACUUAAAUUCCACCAGAGGAAGAGGGACUUUGAAGCACUUUAUACCACCAACACCAGUUCUCUUUGAUAUUUUGUAGUUUAUUAAAGGUUACUCCACAUGUGUACAUAGAGAAAAAGCAAUUUAAGAGUAAAUCUUUUCAGAUUAAUUUGGCAUUUGUCAUAAAAUAUAUCCGAGGACAGACAGAUGGCUGAAAACAUCCUUAGCACCAGAGUUCCAGAGAGGACGAUGUUGCACCGCUGCUUGUAAAGGUGGUUAAAGGAAUGUUUAGAGCUGUGUUCACUCCUGACGUCAAUAAAUAUGUCCAGAAAAAUG